GGUUAAAUCGUGCUCGCUCCCACGCACAACGGUCGGACGAGCUCUGAACGACGGCGAUUAUUCCUACCUCGCUGAUCGCAAACUCGAAAAUGCACAUCCAACGUUUGACUGAUGUUUGCAUGUUUCUUCGCUAGGUAAAGAAUUGAUGCUGCUGUCGCGAUCGACUUGGCCUGAAAGACCGUCUCACACGCGACAGGGCCAUAAAGCCCUCAAACUCUUGACCGCUUUCAAGUACCUUGACCGGUGCCUGUGGGAGGACUUGAUGGCUCAAAGUUUCAACGUCAGUCAGUGAGCCACCAUCUUCUUUCAGCAGUGGCAGGGCAGGUCCUUUCGCAGGCAAAGAGCAAGCACGUAAACCAGCAUCUGCUGAUAUAAAACAGGUGCGGCAAGCCUUGAAUUAUAUCAACGGCGGCAUUUGCACACUUGCGAACGCGUUUGCGCGCGAACUAGCGCUGACGCAUACAGGCGAUGUCCAGCUAUUGUUGAGCUCAUGUCGAACUCGUACACAGGCGCUGGGGAGCUGGCGCAGCGUGGCGGAGGUACUGCAGUAACCGCUUCGCGUUGGCCAUGGACAGCCUUGCCUUCCUGCCACGGCGGUCCAUCAGCCUCGUCCUCGGCAUGCCGACGUUGCCAUCCAUCUCGGAGGCUGAGGAGGACGGAGGCGACGGAGCCGACUGGAGCUGGGACACACGCAACGACGGACUCCACGCACACUCGCCCAUGAUGGCACGCGGAGCCAUGACAACAACCGGUCUCAUUGGCGGUGACGAGGGACUCAACAAUCUAGGCCACAACGGCAGGUGGGCCCCAGGCAGUGUUGAGCCCAUGGUGCUGAGCGAGCCUGGAAGCACCAACAGCAGCAGCAGCCAAACCCGGCGCUGGCAGCAGCUGCGCCAGCGGAGUCUGUCUAUGAAUGCGGCGGCACUAGGUGCUGCCGCGGUCAGUGGUGAGCUCCGGAGCGCGGAUGGAGUCGGCUGCUGGGAGCCGCAGGGGCGCCGGCGCUCUCUACUGCACCCGCUGUCGCCCGGCAGCAGCAGCAGCAGCAGCAGCAGCAGCAGCAACGCCGGCGGCGGAGACGCAAUGGAUGGGCGGCACGAGGUCUCUCCUGCCGGCGGCGGCGGCGGCCAGUGCGGCCGCCGCAGCCAGACUGUGAUCCCCGGUGCCCCGGUACUGCCAGUGGCGAACAGGACCAGCAGCAGCAAGGUCGGCACCACCAGUGGGCGGCACGCCGGCGGCAUCUACCAUGGCGGAGCUGGCGGGCUGGUGGCGGCGGUGGCUGCCGCUGCCGCCAGCGGCCGCGCCGGCACCGGCCCCAGCAGUACACACAACCCGCACGGCGCCCGAGCUAUUGCCUCAGUCCUCACGCACGCCCAGCGCCUGGCGGACGUGCUACGUGCUGAGAAUGAAGCGCUGCGGCUGCACUUGGCACAACUGAACACAGCGCUAGCGUCCCGGGAGCUCGCCAUCCGGCACAUCAAGGAGGGCCUGCAGGUGGAGGUCGCGAGGCCGCACCCGCAGGCGCCCGUCAGGCCUCCAGCGAGGGAUGCCACCGGCGGCACAGCUGCUGCUGCUGCUGCUGCUGCUGCUGCUGGGACACGACCAUCUGCAGCGGCGCUGCCUGCCGCCGCCGGUGCUAGCUGCCGUGGUCAGGAGCGUGGUGACGGAGGCGACAGCAAGACCGCCGGCAUGACCCUGACGACGCCGUCGCAGCUGCAGCCUGCACGGCCGCCGCUGGCGUCGCCCACAGCGGCUGCCGCCAGCAGUGCCGUUACCGGCCAUGGUGGCGUCCUGGCAGCUGUGGAGGGGGCGGCAACCGGUGAUGGCGGCGCGCCGGCGUUCGCGGUGCGCACCCCUUCCAAGCCACCGCCGCCGCUGCUGCCUGCUGGCGGUGGUGGCAGCCCCUGCAUUAGCCCGACAGCGGCGGCGGCGGCGGCGGGCGACAGUGGCCAUGCCGUUCGCACGACAGUCGCUCGCACCGUGGUGCCCACCUUCCAUGCGGCGUUGAAUGCGGGGGCUUGCUUCGGCGGUGGGGGCGGCGGCGGCGGCGGAACCUUCGCUGCCCCGGCCUACUCGUCGCCCGCCGGUGCGGCGGCGGUCCGUGUGCAGUCAUGCCACCACAGCCGCCGCUGCCUGCUGCCCUACCUUGAAGGCUGCGUCAGCGGCGGACCCAUGCAGCUGCCUCAUCAGCGACAGGUGCCGCAGCCGCCGAUGGCGACAGUGGCGAUGACAGCAGCACCGGCGCCAGUACCCGCACCAGCAGAGUGUGCCGUGUCAGGGCCUCAGUCUCCGCCAGUCUCUCCAAACCGCCGCCGCCACAGCAGUGGCGGCAGCAGCGGCAGUAGCGGCAGCCUCGCUUGGCAUGAGCAUCUCGGGGCAGCGGCGGGCUCCAACCAUACCAAGGCGCAGCCGCCGCCGCAGCCGGCUCGUCCGCGCUACAGCUGGCGGCGCCGUAGCAGCAGUGGCAGCGGCGUCGCGGCGCCGCCGUUGGUUGCACAGGUGUAGACGGCCGUGCUGGUAGUACGGUACACCCGGCAGUGCCUGCUCCCAUGCUCCCAUGCUCCCAUGCUCCCAUUUGAGUAACUUGACAGCUAGCCAGGCCUUGAGCUGGGCUCACCUAUCCAGCAAGGUUAUCCUUUUUUGUUUCAGGCGCCAGCUACUACGGGCAGCAAGGGUCACCGGGCUACAAGUUAGGCGGCGCAUUACUGCCGCUGCAAACCUGCGGAGCGCCCACUCCUCGUCUGCAUACCGCAGGUCCCUCGCAUAGCGCAAAGGACCAUUCAGCAUGCAUCUUUGCUUGCAUCGUUUGCAUCGGCACGCUGGGUGCCUUUGUUGAUGGCGCAAAUCGGCGGCGCACAGCGCCACAUACAGUACCCCUUCGAACAGCGCCAUGCCUUCACUGCAAAACAUACGCGCGCGCAAUGUGGUUUGUCGCUCUCCCCAACGCCGUGUAGCCAUCCAUGCACGUACAUCGCCACCAGCACUUAGCUCCAAUGCAUUUUAUUAUACCGGUUUAUGCAGUUCAUGUAUGUAAUCAGUAUGCGGCGCCCACAGUUUGAUGGCUUGAUGAUUGAUGCGGAAGGGUCAGCAGUCUGUGGCCGGCCGGGCGGCAGUCAUGCACGCGGCGAACGUGGGUGAUGGCGCACCGUGCCCGUGCUGCGUGCCUGUGGAUGAGAUGAGUGUGUGAUGAGUAUGAGAUGGACCUUGACGAUUUGCCAUGCACGUGGAACAUGUGUGUGGCGUGGCUGGGGGUCGAUACAGUAGCUGGGAUAGCUAUCGCCGCAUGCUGCGGUGUCAGGCGGGGUUCUGCCGUGCUGUGCGUGCACUGAGCCACUGCGAUGGAAGAGUAGCAGUAUCUGAUGAUAGUUGUAUUCCCCAUGUAUGUCUAAUGCUCGCCAGCGUUUUCAUCUGUCAGAGGCGCUGGGAUAUCAAGAAAGCGAGAUGGCAGCGGUAACCGUUGGGACUCAGCGGUACAAGCAAGCUAAGGAUAAUCAUGCACCAGCAUGUGCUGGUAUAGAGGGCCCGGCCCUUUCCUCGAAAGACUACUGAAUUACAUGAAGCUAGGGAAGGCAGGAAAGAGGUCUUUGCAACACACGCCGGAAUGCUUGGCGUCUGUACGGUUCACGCGUGCCUCUCACUUCUGCUGAUCAACUGGAUGAAUUGGUUCUGAUGGCGCCGCACGCAUGAAGCGAGUUAGGCGGGACGGGCGGGAAGUGCUAAUUGGUUCUGAUGGCGCCGCACGCAUGAAGCGAGUUAGGCGGAAAAUGCUUACAGUGAUAUCAUGAUAAACGUUUAUGCGCUGACUUAUCGCAGCGCAGUGGAGAUAAGUCUAGUUAUUGCGACAUAACUGCCGUGUUGCGUUAGAGUCACGCACGGCGCAGGACGCUCGGGUACGUGCCUGUGCAUGGGGCCGAACCGAGCUGGGUCUUGUACGCGUCAGGAGCACACGGCGCCUUAUCUGCCGUUGUGCUUCUGUACUGUAUUUCGGAUCGUCCCUCUGCCGGGACGGUGACCUCAGUGUGUCGCACUUAAACGUUCCCUACAUUUCUGGACUUUCUUUGCAAUCCUAUUAUACCUGGUUCUAACUAUACUUUACCAUGUAUGGACCGAAUAAGCGUUUAAUAUAUACUCAGACGGAGUUGCAGCGUUUUGUUGCGCGAUCCUGCUCAAUGGAACCCCUUAGCUUGAUCACGCUCGCUCUCUGAUCGUAAGGGAAUGCCCUUCGAAGCUUCUCUGGCGCUUUGAACCACGCUUUGGUUCGGGGGCCGCAUUCGGGAGCAAAUCGGAGCAGAGCGGAGCUUUCAAGCGGAGCAAAGGCGCGCGAAGCGUUGCGGACAAGGCGUUCGGCAAGUCACUGAAAGCAAAAGGGCAUGCACAGCUGUGCGGGCGGGCUACUUGCUUGCCAUGCGCGGUCCUGCUUGCCGUGCCUUCGUGUCUACCCGUCGCUUUGCAGUUCACAGCUUUGUGCAAUACCUUUCCACAUCUUCCAUUGUGCCACCCCCACCUCCCCAAGACCCUCAGGACUUUUGGCGCGGUACUUCUCCUGUCUGCCUAUCCAGGCCGCAGGGCCCGCGUGCCUUGGGGAAAGGGCGUGUGUGCCGUUGGGAUCCGGCCUGUGCGCCGCAAGCAACGGGCUUUGCGCCCUUGCCUUAUGGACAAUGGACGGCAUACGUGCCCUUAUGAUACGGCCUGUGUGCCGCAAGCAAUGGGCUCCGCGCCCUUGCUUUAUGGACAAUGGACGGCAUACGUGCCCUUAUGAUACGGCCUGUGCGCCGCAAGCAAUGGGCUCCGCGCCCUUGCUUUAUGGACAAUGGAUGGCAUACGUGCCCUUAUGAUACGGCCUGUGUGCCGCAAGCAACGGGCUCCGCGCCCUUGCUUUAUGGACAAUGGACGGCAUACGUGCCCCUAUGAUACGGCCUGUGCGCCGCUAGCAACGGGCUCCGCGCCCUUGCUUUAUGGACAAUGGACGGCAUACGUGCCCUUAUGAUACGGCCUGUGCGCCGCAAGCAAUGGGCUCCGUGCCCUUGCUUUAUGGACAAUGGACGGCAUACGUGCCCCUAUGAUACGGCCUGUGCGCCGCAAGCAACGGGCUCCGCGCCCUGGCUUCAUGGACAAUUUACGGCGUACGUGCCCUCAUGAUACAGCCUGUGCGCCGCAGGCAACGGGCUCCGCGCCCUUGCUCCAUGGACACUUCACGGCGUACGUGCCCUCAUGACACGGCCUGUGUGCCGCAGGCAACGGGCUCCGCGCCCUUGCUUCAUGGACAAUGCGCCGCGUACGUGUUCUUAUGAUACGGUCUGUGCGCCGCAAGCAACGGGCUCCGCACCCUUGUUUUAUGGACAAUUCACGGCAUACGUGCCCGUAUGAUGUGACCUGUGUGCCGCAAGCAACGGCUUCGCACCCUUGCUUUUGGGUAAUAGAUGGCAUACGUGCCCUUAUGAUACGA